GAUAGUAGCGUGCAUAGAGUGCGUAUCGUGAGGCUUUGUAGGAGUUGCAUCACUACACGUGAAGUUGGUCUUUAGAUUUCCGGUUCGUUUCUUCACCGAAAUUAGACUUAAUCAAAGGAAUAAACGAAAAUGUUGGCUGCCACAAGAUUGUUUAGCAGAAGCUGUAACGGUGUUGGCUGCGAUAUUGUCAGAAAACAGCAGUUUAGUACGAUACUUAAAAAUGUUGCAGCUCCUGGAAUUGCCCUGCCUCAACGUUAUACAGAUUUACAACAAUGUCGUUACAAAUCUGAAGGUGUCAAAGGAGCUGUUAUUGGUAUUGAUCUUGGUACAACAUUUUCUUGUGUAGCAGUAAUGGAAGGUAAACAGCCAAAGGUUAUUGAGAAUUCUGAAGGUUCACGAACAACACCAUCUUAUAUUGCAUUCACCAAAGACGGAGAACGUUUAGUGGGUAUGCCUGCUAAACGUCAAGCAGUUACAAACUCUUCUAAUACAUUUUAUGCAACUAAACGACUCAUUGGGAGAAAAUUCGAUGAUGCUGAAGUGAAAAAAGACAUGAAAACAGUAUCUUAUAAAAUCGUGAAAGCAUCUAAUGGAGAUGCAUGGGUACAAGGAGGAGAUGGAAAGAUGUACUCUCCUAGUCAAAUUGGUGCUUUUGUACUUAUGAAAAUGAAAGAAACUGCAGAGGCAUAUCUUAGCACACCAGCUAAAAAUGCUGUCAUCACUGUGCCUGCAUAUUUCAAUGAUUCACAAAGGCAGGCUACAAAGGAUGCAGGUCAAAUUGCUGGAUUAAAUGUGCUUAGAGUAAUCAAUGAGCCUACUGCAGCUGCACUUGCAUAUGGUAUGGAUAAAACAGAUGAUAAAAUUAUUGCAGUAUACGACUUAGGUGGUGGUACUUUUGAUAUAUCGAUCUUAGAAAUUCAAAAAGGUGUUUUUGAAGUAAAAUCAACUAAUGGAGAUACAUUUUUGGGAGGUGAAGAUUUUGAUAACGCGUUAGUUAAUUAUUUGGUGACCGAAUUUAAAAAAGACCAAGGUAUAGAUGUGGCCAAAGAUGCUAUGGCUAUGCAACGAUUAAAGGAAGCAGCUGAAAAAGCGAAAAUUGAAUUAUCAAGUUCUUUACAAACUGAUAUAAAUCUACCAUAUUUAACCAUGGAUUCAAGUGGACCUAAACACUUGAAUCUUAAACUUACAAGAAGCAAAUUUGAAAGUCUUGUAAAUGACCUCAUUAAGCGUACUGUACAACCAUGUCAAAAAGCUCUUUCUGAUGCUGAAAUAUCAAAAUCUGACAUCGGUGAAGUUCUUUUGGUUGGAGGGAUGACUAGGGUACCUAAAGUUCAACAAACAGUUCAAGAAAUAUUCGGUCGGCAACCUUCAAAAGCUGUUAAUCCUGAUGAAGCUGUAGCUGUUGGUGCUGCUGUUCAGGGUGGUGUACUUGCUGGAGAUGUGACUGAUGUUCUCCUUCUCGAUGUUACCCCUCUGUCGCUGGGUAUCGAAACACUUGGGGGCGUCUUCACAAAAUUAAUAUCGCGAAACACAACUAUUCCUACGAAAAAAAGUCAAGUAUUUUCCACAGCAGCAGAUGGUCAAACUCAAGUAGAAAUUAAGGUUCAUCAAGGCGAACGAGAAAUGGCUUGUGACAAUAAACUUUUAGGGCAGUUCACAUUAGUCGGAAUACCUCCCGCUCCAAGAGGAGUUCCUCAAAUUGAAGUAACGUUUGAUAUUGAUGCGAAUGGUAUCGUUCAUGUAUCUGCUAGAGACAAGGGUACUGGCAAAGAACAACAAAUUGUAAUUCAGUCCAGCGGUGGUCUAAGCAAAGACGAAAUUGAAAAUAUGGUAAAGAAUGCAGAACAAUAUGCCAAAGCAGACAAGAUAAAAAAAGAUAGAGUAGAAGCUGUUAAUCAAGCCGAAGGAAUUAUACACGAUACGGAGUCUAAAUUAGAAGAAUUCAAGGCACAACUUCCACAAGACGAGUGCGAUAAGUUGAAAGAAUUGGUUGCCAAGACAAGGGAAACAUUAGCCAAAAAAGAUGAUAUGGAUCCAGAGGACAUUAAGAAGCAAACCAAUGAAUUACAGCAAGCAAGUUUGAAAUUGUUCGAAAUGGCAUAUAAAAAAAUGGCGGCAGAAAGAGAAAGCAGCAGCGGCAGUAGUAACCAAAGUCAACAAGAACCUCAAGAGAAGAAAGAGGAGAAAAACUAAUGGUAAAAAUUCCUCAAUAAAUAUAAAUUUCUUGCACAUAGCUACAUAAACACCAAUUAUCGUUUUACAUAGCCAGCUUAAAAAAUGUCAUUUUGUUAAAUGUAUAUAAUCAAAUUCACUAAUUGUGUAUUUGUUGCAAACUUACUUUUUUUACUGUAAUGUGCUCUCAUACAGAGAGAAUUAGUUCGCCAAUAAAAAUAGGAAAUAUUAGUUCGAAGGUAACAAUAAUUUCCUGCAAUAUGUAUUGAUCGCAGUUUAACUUGGAAGCAAUUGUCGGGCUAGAAAAUCGUUUUGUAAAUUGUGUACAUAAUCCAAUAAAAAAUAUUGCUAAUGACAUGUUUAUGCAGCCUAAAAUGUGAAAUGACAGAUGGUGUUUAAGAAUACUGUUCUCGCCUGUGUCAAUUUAAUGAUUAGACACUAUUUCGUCAACAGUGUUAAAAUUCUUAGUAUGUUAGUUCAUUCUUUGCUACUAUAGAGUUCUAUGGUAGUUCAUACAGUAUGAAUGUGUAUUAUGAUUGACAAUGAAAAGAAUGUUAUAAGAAUGCUUGGUAUAUAUAGACAGAUAUAUAGCAUAAGAAUUACACAAUACGUAUAUAGUUAAUUAUAUAUAAAAUGUAUUAUGUGCUAUAACGUACUAAUAUCGUAUACAUAAUAUGAUCUAUU